ACGGGGAAGUGAUGGAGAUGGGAUGAGAAAAGAUAAGUGUCCUGCACUACAGAUGGCGUCCUGUUCGGCAUUUAUUGUUUGCUAGUCUGGAGUCGGCCUUGGUGGAUGAAGAAGGUUGAUGACCCUAAGAUGUUUGACAGAAUCAAACCAUCUGAUGAAGCUUCUGCUUCUUCAGCACAAGGAACUGAAAUACAUGGUAUUGAAGGCUCUCUACGACGGGACAGCAGUAGCAGUUUACACACAAGAGGGCAAGAACGUCCUCGGCCUGGAGUAUCGGCUGUGCAAAAUAGACAAGGAUACUGCAACUGCUGCCAUGUACACUACAGUAAUCUGGAACAGCAUGUUUUCAGCUCCCAGCACAGACAUUUUACCACUUACUGUAGGAAUCGUAUGGGUACCAGUAGCUUGAUGGAGCGUUUCCUGCAAGAUGUUUUACAGCAUCAUCCCCACAGAUACCAUGACAGCAGACCAACCUAUGAUGACAUGCCACUACCUGUCACUCCAGAGGCUGCUAGGAUUGCUUUCCUGUCCCCAGAAGAGAUGGAGAAAAAGAGGAACAGAGACAGACAGGAGAUUUCCAGCAAAGACCAGGAAUCCGUUGGUGAAAUAUGCUCUUCUUCUCCAUGCCUGUCUCAUGAGGGCACAAAGACAACUUCUGUAAAACGAGCAUUUAUUCAAAAACCAGAAAGAGGGCAGGAACAUGUUAUAAGAAUAUCCCAGCAGUCUAUGGGCAUUUGUAGCAAUGCGAACUGGGAUACCAUGAAAGAUGCUCAAAUUGUGAAUCAUAGCCAUGAAGGCCAGUUUACAGCGGUGAGCCCUGCACCUCAGUGUUUUGCUGUCAGUCCUUUAAUCCAUAGUUCUUCUGUUAAUCCUAAAAUGGGAAAAAAUGUUAGGAAUUUGUCAGCAUCAAAUCUGCAUAGUGGAUGUGAUAAAACAGGAAUGGAGGCAUGCAGUAGUGAUAUGGUACUGAACCCACGCUUGAAUCCUGCUCCAGCACUGGUUCACCCAAAAUGCCCUUCAGUUUCUCAUCAGAAUCCCAUGUGCAGCCGUAGCAACUCUUUAUGUAUUACCUCAGGUCAGUCUCUCUCAAAACGAGAUGGUUUACGAACUCAGGAUGAAACUUCGGUGUCUGAUUUUCAUCUCAGGGAUACUGUGGGUAUCAGCAGCUCCCUAGAUCUUGGGGCAUCCCCACAACUAGCAAGAUGCAAAAACAUGAAGACAAACAGGGGUGAUGAAAGGUCAGUGGAUGAAACUAUUGAAGAUGUUAUUUUUAAGUACUGCCAUGGAACUACAUCUGAAGAAAUUUAUUUCAAAGAAGAGAAUAAUCCCUGCUUAACUUUUUCAUCACUUCUGGACAAUACUCAUUUAGAGGGUUCCGAAAUGAGUUUUGACUGUGAUGCACCUAUUCAGGAAGGAACAGACUUACCCAAGGCAGCUAUAAAAGAUAUAGAAUUCCUAAAAGAGGUCCAAAUAAGUUUGCAAGAUAAACACUAUGGAACGCAGCUCUCUUCUGUUUUAAAAACUCUGCCUCAUGUGCCUCCUUCUUUUGUGGGAAAGACUUGGUCUCAAAUAAUGUAUGAAGAUGAUAUAAAAAUUGAAGAACUUGUGCGUGAUUUCAGGGAAGGUCGUUUUCGCUGCUACUUUGACAGUGAAUCCUCUGCCAACUGUACAGGGAAGAGAAUGAAGAAAAAAAAGCAGAAGGAUGAAAAUAAGAACAAUAUUGUUGAGGGUAAUAGAACAGAAAAUGCAUCAGUUAAAGCAUUGCCAGAAUUUAAUGAUGGUUUAAGUGGUGGUUGUGAUUUUGAUAACCCGUCUUUAGCCUCAGAUACACUAUGCAACCCACAAAUUCUUAAAAUGCCUAGGAAAAGGACAUGGCGCCUGGCUUCAAGAUGCCAGGUGGUUAAAGUCAGCCAUGGCACCCAAACAAGUAUAUUGAACUACCCUGUAGCAAAAAGAAAAAUGUCUAGAAGGGAAUCUGAUCCAGCUGAUCAGAAAGCAAGCAUUGUGUGGCCAGAGAAUGAAAAAACUCCAAACAUGAAAACUAGACUAUGUGCCCUUAAACUUCCUGAGUCCUAUAGCAAGAUUAUGAGUCCUGUACAGCCCAAGACAGUGGUGUAUGUGCUUUCAUGCCCAGAGAUAAAACAGUGUAAAGGUAAACCUAUAGAUAUGCCCAAAAUGAGGAAAAAUCGUAACUCCACAGAUAGCAAGGACUCUGUAAGGUAUAAAUACAAACAGUGUUCUUUUAAGUAUUAUGACCCACUGACAAAUCGAAUCCUGAAAACGCCUCCAAAGAGUACAGUUGGAGAAAAGGCCAAAAAGCCCUCCCACGUUCGACAGCUUUUCAGAAGUCUCAGCUUGGAUGCAAACAUGAGGAAAGUGGCUGAUGCACAGAGAGAAAGCACACCAUCAAAGUCACUCAGUUGUUCAGACUUCUAUAGUUCAUCUUCAGCCUCUCUCCUGCCAGAUCCAGGUAAAGGAAAUGAUGCAACCUCAAGUCAAAAGGCAGAUGGAUCUUCAGUUUCCACAGAAAGAACAGAUUGUCUGGUGUCUGGCCGCUCUGAGAACUCAUUUAAACACCUGAUCAUUUCACCUUUGAACUCGCACCAGUCUGCAGUAGAAGGAGAUGGUAGAUUAACUCCAUAUAACCGAGUUACCAAAACUCCUCUCACCUCCAUCCGGAGUGAGCUGUUAGAUAGGGAGAAUCCAAAGGCAAUAUGGAAGAGAAAAGAAAGUACUAAUAAAGAACCAUUUUUUUCGAGAAAGGCUGCAGGACCUCUGUCUGUCAGAUGUACUGUUGGGAGGAGAGGAAACAGAGUAACUGCAGGCAAACAAACUUCCAGAUCUAAAAACCAGCAAAAAGAGGGGAUGAGAAGGAACCUUCGUCCUCGUGCCCAGAAAUCUGCUUUCUCUAUCCAUAGGCGGCAGACAAGGAAAACUACGGUAGGAAAGCACCUUAAGAAAGAAAAACCUGAUGCUAAAAAAUUAAAGGUGAGGAGGAGACCAAAAAGGACCUUUCUGAGCUCAACAGUUGUCACAGGGAUUCCUGAGAAGAGGCAGAAACUCACAUCGGAAUCUUUUCCCAAGAAGCCAGAGCGAGCUUCUUCCAAAGUCAGGAACUUGGAAGUAAGUGGAGAUCGGGGUCACCCUAGCACUGUGAACCGCCCCUCUAGAAGGACUUCUGCUGUACCGUUACUUAGAAACUGUUGUUCUACCAGUACUUCUUGUCCUUUCACCGUGCAGUGCCGAGAUGAGUCUGUUUGCCCGCUGGCGGCUGGACCACUGCGCAUGCUGUACAUCCCCCG